AUGGCUGCAGGCGGAGAACCCAUCCCGGGAAGCCUCUUUGUGUAUGCUCCUAAUAAGGUUACACCCAUCAUCUUUACGGUUGCGUAUGGCCUUUCGGCAGUUGGCCAUAUCUGGCAGUGUCUCUACUAUAACUCAUGGAAACUGGUUGGACUGCACCCGGUCUGUGCGGUACUGUUUACAAUUGGCUAUGCCAUGCGGGAGUACGGAUCUUAUAACUAUCUGUAUAUGGGCGACACUGCGACCCUUAUCGUCUUUAUCCUCGGCCAGGUUUUUAUAUAUGUGUGCCCUCCGCUUCUCGAACUUGCCAACUACCACGUUCUUGGUAGAAUACUGUACUACGUGCCCCACCUCGCUCCAUUCCCUCCUGGCAGAGUGGUUUCUACUUUCGGCCUUGUGAUGUUAAUUGUCGAGACCUUAAAUUCUUUGGGAGUAUCCCUGAGCGCCAAUCCCUCUUCAGAGUCAACUCAGCAACACCUAGGGAAGAAUUUAACAAUCGCUUCACUCUCACUUCAAUUCGCGCUCAUCUUUAUCUUGCUCAUUCUAGCGGCUAUCUUCCACCGGCGGUGCGCGAAAGCCAAUAUAUGCAUCAAAUACUUCAAGUCCAUCACCACUCUCCUGGUUGUGCUAUAUAUAAGCAUGGCAUUGAUUUUACUACGUUGCAUCUACCGUCUAAUAGAGCACCUGGGAAACACGGUGGUGGACCUUGACAGUAUAGACAAACUGAAAGCGCUGAGUCCUAUUUUACGAUACGAGUAUUUCUUUUACAUCUUCGAGGCAACCCUUAUGCUCAUUAACUCCAUUUUAUGGAAUGUAUGGAAUCCUGGCCGCUUUCUGCCUCGAAAUUAUCUCAUCCAUUUGGCUGAGGAUGGAAACAGCGAGGUUGAGGGACAGGGAAACAAAGAUGACCGGACUUUUCUGGCGAAGGCCGGGCAUAUCUUAACGUUUGGUAUACUUUUCGGCAAGAAGAUGGGAAGCCGACCGUCGCACGAGCUCGGUGAUUAUCAAGCAAUGUCAUCCUAG